CAUUCGGCGUCGACUACGCAGAAAUCGAAUAUAACAAAGAUUUGAUUAUCGUUUUUCGACAGUUGGAAGUCCUCUACAGAAAAGUUCUCGAUGCCGUCGAGGAAGUUGCAGCCAGCGCCAACGAACUGGACGACACUUUGACCGAGGCACUUGACAAAUUCAACGAGCAGGCCUUCCUCAAAAUCGGUGUUCCAACCGAAAUCGUUUUCCCGAUAUUCAUCGAAUUGGAUGCGAUAUGGAAUCAAUAUCAAUCGUUGAUCAUUUACAUGACGAAACUAAAUCAGAUCCUCUUCAAUCUGGAGCUGUAUACGAAGGACUUUGAAAUUAACGUAGAUAUCGUCCGUCUGAUGCUAGAAGACAGUCCGGUCCUCACCGAUCUGGAGCGAUUGCGUUGGGUCGGAGAUCCGCCCUCUCUGACCAACACCGAAAUCACUCUGCUCACCUCGGAGGACGGCAAAGAUGCGAAGCUGGAGUUCUUGGGAUUCUGUCCGUGGAAGCUGAUCGAGACUCAAGGAGGUCUGAUUCCCGGUAACCCGACCAUGGGCGUCUUCAUGUACCGCGAGAAGAACUAUUGCUUCUGCUGCUUCGAAGGCUUCCGGUCGUUCGAGGCGAAUCCCGAACAGUAA